AUGUCAACACUAAACAGUGUUUCUUCCGCGCGGUCCAUAGUGUCAGCCAAGUCCAAUGGACAUAACCUAUCUGAAAAGUCUCAAUAUAUCUCUUCUUUGCCGCCGCCGGUUUACACUGCAACAUUCCAGCACACCUUGACCUCGGCAAAGCCCCCCAAUGAUGGACUGAAUCUCACUCCAGAUGAAUUAUUCACGAGGCAGACUGUGUCGGAAGUGAGGGCUGUUCAACAACGGUUGAGAGCAGAUGCCGAGGCGAAACAAGAGGAGCUGCGGCUCAUGGUUGGCGAACGCUACCGAGAUCUACUGCAAGCCUCGUCGUCAAUUAUUUCCAUUGCUUCAUCGUCACGUCGCGUACUAAAAGCGAUUGAAGAGUGUAAGGAUGCCAUUGUAUCUCAAGAUACCUUGCGAACCCCGCCAAAGGCCACUGCAAUAGAUGGAAUAGAUGUAGACGCCCAUCUCCUCACCCUGCAGGAGUUGUCUGCCCACAUGAAACUACUUUUGGACGCGCCAGAGCAUCUAUGGCGUCUUAUAGAACGUAAACAAUACUACCAAGCCGCAUGGUUAUUCCUGCUAGCCCGUGUCGUUCACCGAACACUCUAUCUGAUUGUAGAUGUCUACCAGGCCGAGUUUCCACUUGUACAACGCCAAUGGGAUGUGGUAUCUCAAUUCCGUUCUCAAAUUAUUCAUAAAUCAACUCUUUCACUGCGAGACUCGUCUCAAUCGAACUCAGACACAUGUGCGAUUCUUGUUACCCUACAUCUUCUAGACUCGAGACCAUUAAAUGAUGCCUUGUCGGCUUUAUUUCUACAACGCUCAAAGACCCUAAAGUCGCUUCUUUCGUGGAAUCCGGAUUCUACAUCCAGCUCUUCUUCACAAGCAAACGGCCAAAUCUCUUCGUCAAAAACAAUUCCCGUAAGGGAAGUGACACAGGCCAUGAAAAAUUCAUUGAAUACUAUCUCUCAAACAGUGUGCACCGUGAGGGUCAUUUUCCAAGAUCAACCAUCGCGUCCAUCACUUAUCUAUCGUGUAUUGGAAUCUAUACAAGAAAAAUUCACCAAUCCAGAUGAUGGGAAUGAAUCCCUACCUGAAGAACUCCGUCUUUCUACCCAGUCUCUCCUUACACACCUUACCUCUUCGGCAAAUUUUCAAUUGUUACCGCCUAAUUUGCGAACAUACGCUCCCUACGUUGAUCUAAAUUCCUCUUCAAUCACCAUAUCGCAAAAAGGAUUCUCACAGAGGCUAAAGGAGUGGUUUAAUGAUUCUUGUACCCAGUGGCGACAAGCUGCAAAGGAAUGGUUUUCUGGGCUACAGUCAGUGAAGGAUGUUUGGACUGUACGAAAUUCUAUGAAACGCUGCAUCUCAGGGUCAGGUCUAAUCGAAACGGAGAAAGGAUGCCUAGAUUCUGACUUGGAAUCUCUCUGUCAUGAGAGGAUCACAGAGAUAUGGACAAAAGCUCUUUUGGAUUCUGAAGCAACAUGCCAGAGACGUUUGAGAGAAAACCCCACUCCCGUACCAGUUCUCUCUCAAACCGCCAGGUCGUUUAUUGGAGCUCCAUUUCAAAAGUAUCAAGUAUCACUAAAAAGACAGCUUGUUGGACGCUCUCUACAGCUUGAUAACGUCAUUUCUACUCUUGAACAAUGCGCGAGAACUAUUCAGCUUGAUUUCGCGCAUCUCAGAGGAGGAGACCAAAUGACAGGGCCGAUCGUAGAACAACUAAAAGAAACAUACCGUCCAAAAGCAACUGACCUGUCCAAUAGAGUGUCAGCUUUUAUUAAUGAAACGGCCAUGCAGGCAAUAGGUUCCACUGCUCCGAAUCUUGCUGGAUUGGCAUUUUUAGGCAGAGUCACAGCUGACCUUACUUAUUCUUCCUCGUUCAUUCGCGAAAUAGGAUGUGAUCAUACAAGUGCGCAAGAUUUUAAGAAAUCUAUGACUACUAUCAAUGAGAUAGUGGUCCAAAAAUGGCGUGAGAUUACCAUCGGCCGCAUUCUAGAAUUAUGGAGACCCAGCAUACAAAAACGGCCCUCUCAAAUAUCAGCCGGUCCUUCCACCCAUGUGUUCAAGGCGUUGCUCUCUAUAUGCGAGAGUGUGCGUCAGUUAGGCGUCUUCCGCGACCCAACACAACAGAAUUUUGUGGCACAAGACAUUUUGCGUUCUUUUAUAAGACUGUGGCUUGAAGAGGGGCAUCGGCCUAACGGAGAAAAAAAUGCGCACGAUAUCGCAUUUCUUCAGAAGCUAUCCAACUUAUACGGUGAUCCCUGGGCAGAUAUAUCCGAACUCCUGGAAAAAGAAUUGGAACAUUGUGUUCGUAACGUCGAUGAACUCACUCGGGGCGACAUUUUGAAAGCAGCGUCAGAAUAUUUAGCACGGUCACAGACUUUACUUUCUGUUAUUAUCCCUCCGCCGUCUACGCCAGCUUUUGAAACACCUUUUCUACAAGUCGGUGUUCCUUCCAUCGGACAAAUUCAACAGUCUGCCAUCGACCUCGCCAAGCCUAGUCCACGGUUUGGGUUGUUGCUAGUAGGGAAUGUUGAGCGUUAA